AAACACAGUGUCCGUCGUUUCCCAGCGUUUCCAGUCGAUUGGAUAUAAGUUUGUGUCUUAUUUUCCAAACCUGGGUGUAUGCUGUGUUUUGGUCAGUCAUCCUUUUUCCGCUUUAACCACCCAGAGGAGGCCCUCAGGAUGAAGAGUUUGAUGCCAGGUGGAAGCCCUGGAUUUACCAGUACCUACAAAAACCAUUCAGAAACCCAUCGGCAGCUCAAUGGAAACCACCUUCCUUUGCAAGAGCGACCUCGUCCUGGACAAGGCACUCUUGUGCGCUCUAUUGACAAGGAUCUUCAUGACAUUAUGAAUUCUCUGACUAUGGAUGAAGGCCAGACUUACUCAUCUGAGCAAUGUAAAAAUGCCCGCCACCCCAUUCCAAAGUCUGCUCAACGUGAGCUCAUGCUCAACGGGAGCGGCCACAGUCUUGUCUCCCAUCCAGCCAGUCCUGGUACUUUGUCUGUAAGCUCCAGCUAUGAAAAUACCAGUCCUCCUUUCUCCCCCCUCUCCACCCCUUCUGUGGUUAGCAGUACAGGGUCUUCCACUAAUACCCGUUCUACCAGCUACACCCAUAUUGUCCAGGCCCCAGUGCCACAGCCACGCACUUUUGCAUCCAAAGGCAGCAGUUCCAAUGGAGGGCUAAAGGAUCAAGAAAGUUCCAGGCUUCAAAAAGCCUUAACUGAAACCCCCUCAAGUCCAGUGAUGAACCGCAGAGGUGAGAGUCCAUAUCUGGCCCAUGGUUCCUCUUCUGGGCCUGUCUCAUUUGCAUCUGGAGAUUUAGGCAGACAGGUCAAUGCUAGACUCAUCUCUUUGUCUUCAACAGGAUCUUCUAGCCCUAGAUCCAGUGUUGGCUCAUCAGUCCAAGAAACUUCUUCCAGUCUUCAGUCCCAUUCACGUGCACUCCUUCCUCCAGACAGUCCCCAGUCAUCCCGUCGUGGUGUAGAACCAUCCAGCAUGCGUGAACUUCCUCCUCUCAGCCCGUCCACAGCACGCAGAGGUGUCCUUGGGGUACCAGUUCUCCCUGGAGCUCUGCCCGGCGUUCCUUCGACCUCUCGUGGCCGGACUGUACCAGAGAGUCCUCGUCUUCAACGAAGAGCCACAGCUGAGGAAGAAGUAGGAAAUACGAAACUGAAGGACCAGCAGAAGGGGGGUCUAACCCCAGCUCUUGGCUCUCAGGCUGGUGUCUCUCCCCUCACUAGUCCCCGUAACCAGAGAAAGAACUCCAGGGAGCCUCGGCAGGUUCAGCCGCGCACACGGGAACGUAAGAACAGCAUUUCAGAGGUCAGCGACAAAGAGGAAGACCUUCUGGAGUACCAUCGUUGGCAAAGAGAAGAAAGGAUGCGUGAGCAGGAAAUGGAGAGGCUGGAGAGACAGAGACUUGAGACCAUCCUGAAUUUGUGUGCCGAGUAUAAUAAGAGUGACCCUCCGGUGGGCAUGGACACAGGGAGGGCGUGUCAAUUUCCAGGGAUGGAGGAGGUCUCUGUUCGGCGACCCGGCCCUGACCCUGCAAGUGGGUUAGCCCAGAGCUCUCACAGACAGAGAGAGAGUGAGGAGGAGAACCUGAAAGAGGAGUGUAGCAGCACUGAGAGCCAGCACCAGGAGCAUGAAGAUUCUUCAGUGCUUGGGCAGCAGGAGAGAGCUUAUCUGGAGGAAGAGCAGCUCAGGGUUAUGGCUCGAGUGGACGAGCUGAAGACUCGUGUCAAUGACAUGGAACAGCAGAUACAGGAGUCUAGACAAGAGGCAGAGAUGGAGAGGGCAUUACUGCAGGGGGAACGGAGGGCGGAGCUUGAUCAAGUGGAGGCAGAGCUGGAGAUCAUCAAUCAACUUCAGCUGAAACUGAAUGAAGUGGAAAAUUCAACUCAGAGGGAGAAAGAGAAGGAGAGAGCAAAAGUCUCAGCUGAGCGGGAUGUCCUGGCCAGGCUGAGGGAUUCGUACAGUGAGCUGAAGGGCCAGCUUCAUAAUUGCCCCGAAUCACUGAGGGAGCACUUACAGGAACAGCUGACCAGGAAGGUGGAGGCACUGGAGUCAGCCACUAAGCGCUUUGAGGAUUUGGAGUUCCGCCAGUUGGAGCGAGAGAGUGGCAUAGAAGAGGAGAAGGAGACGGUCAGUAGGCAGCUGUUGCAAGAGAAGGCAGAGUAUUUCCGGAGUGUGGUCAAAAGGAAGGAGAAAAUGGCAGCUCUGGAGAUCCAGGCUAAUCAACUUGGAAUUCAGUCAGCGCAGGAUUGUGAAAGGAUGGCCAAAGAUAGAACCAUGGCCCUACAGAUGCUUCAGAAGGAAAAGGAGAGACUGUCUGCCCUGGAGAAGAGGUACCAGAGCCUGACCGGUGGAAAGACUUCCUCCAAGCCUGCCAACUCUAAGGAGGAAGUGCUUUACAUCAGUGAACCUGACCUUUUAAAUGAACUCCCAACCCAAAAUUCUCUGCUCCCCUCAUCAUGUUGUCAAAGAUCUACCCCUCAGAUAUAUUCUAACAGGCCACAGGAGGAGUACCUCAGACUCUCUGAUGUAUAUAAGAUGUAUGGGAACGGAUGUAUCCCCGCCCAGACUGCCUUCUCUAAUGCUCUUUGUCUACCGCUGGCUGUAACAUCAGACACACCUCGUGAGGAGUAUGUGACAGUCAGUCAGUUAAACCAGCUGUUCGGGAUGCCCAAAGUUGACCCCUCCCCCACAUCUCCAGUCCAAUCAUUCCAAGCUAUUGUCGCUGACCCUGUCCACUCCAGCCACACAUCCCAGUGUGGCUCCUCCCAGUCACUUCCUGUUGAGACCCAGCCUGCAUGGACUAGGCCCUCAAUCCCCAGGCUAGAUUCAGAGCGCUGGUACCAGGAGAUUAUGGCAGCAGGGGAGCCCAGUCAUGCCUGUCCUCCCCCUCUGCCAGCUAAGUGUAUCUCCUCACGUAAACCUAUGCAGAUCUAUAAGCAGGACAGUGAGCUGGGACAGAACAACGGCACCUUUACACCCCCGCCUUCCAAUAUGAGCACAUCAGGAAGAAACACACCCACCAAAAGUCUCCCAGAUCUGUCUCCUGCUUAUUUAGACUUAGACUCCAAGAGACAAUUGGAUCUACAUGGCAGAGGGCUCUAUACUUGUGAUGAUUCCAGAAUCAGGCCUAUGGAUCCUAAACAGAACCACUGGGGGGCACCACAGGACUCUCACUCCCCUUUCCCACCUUCAGGUGCUCCCAUGGUACACCACUCCAUUCUGCACCACCAAGCACCCCCAGCUGGAGAGUCAGCAUAUGACACUCUGAGUUUGGAGAGCUCUGACAGCGUGGAGACCAGCGUAUCUACUGGCAACAACUCCACCUGUUCACCUGAAAGCAGCAAUGGGCUGGCCGGACUGAGGCUGGAGGAGAUGGAGAAGAUGUUGAAGGAGGCCCAGCAGGAGAAAGCCAGACUGGUGGAGAGUCGAGAGAGGGAAGUCCAGGCACGAAAGCAGCUGCUGGAGGCUGAGAGAAGACGGCGAGAGGAGGUGGAGAGGAGGCUCCAGGAUGAGACUGCACACAGACAGAGACUUGUGGAGGAAGAGGUCAAGCUGAGAGAGAAACAAUGUUCUCAGGCUCGGCCAAUGACGCGCUACCUGCCUAUUCGAAAAGAGGAGUUUGACCUGCGUUCUCAUGUGGAGUCAUCAGGCCACUGCGUGGACACAUGUGCAUAUGUCAUUGUUCAAGAGAAAAUGUGCAAGGGCCAUCUUGUGAAGAUGGGAGGCAAGAUCAAAUCUUGGAAAAAACGCUGGUUUGUCUUUGAUCGACUUAAAAGGACCUUCUCUUAUUACGUAGAUAAACAUGAGACCAAACUAAAGGGUGUCAUCUACUUCCAAGCUAUAGAAGAGGUGUAUUACGAUCACCUGCGCAGCGCAACUAAGAGUCCGAAUCCUUCGCUAACCUUUUGUGUGAAGACUCAUGAUCGACUUUAUUUCAUGGUGGCACCGUCCCCAGAGGCCAUGCGCAUUUGGAUGGACGUCAUAGUAACGGGUGCCGAGGGCUACACGCAGUUUAUGACCUGAGGGAGAGCGGAUGCAACUCUGCCUGCAGUGAUGUGAGAGCAGGCAGGACUCAUUUAACAGGACGUGUAACAUAUGCAAUAUAAUGUUUAAAAACUUCAGCCAGCACUGACAUUGUGACAAGAGAAAAACUGGAAAGCAGGCUGGCCUGAUGACGACGUAUUAUUGUGCAACUGAUGGUCAGAUUUUAUGUUACUAAAAACAGAAACUGAAAAUAUACAUAUAUAUAUAGAUGCAAAGAGUGGAAGCAAAGAAUGUUUUUCUCUGUGUAUUGUUGUAAUAUAGAGAAAGGAGACAGUUACAGAGCUUGCAGUAUUUUAUGGCAUUUCAAAUCAAUCAUAUUGCAUUUUUUUUUAAUCUACAGUUUUAUGGAGCCCAAUAUUCAGGUGUAUAUACAUCAAUGUAUUAACUUUUUACUUUUAGUUAUUUAGGUGCAGUUACAUACAAUUAGAUUAAAUGUAAUAGUACAUGAUAGCAGUCAUAAUCUCUUUUAGGUAGAAAAUCAGCAUUCACAUUUUAAAUAGCUAUGAAAUACAUUUUACUGCAUUUCAGGUGCUGUAUGUGUCAGAUAUGUAUAAUGUUCUUUGCUGCAAAGUUUAUAAAAAAAAUGGUUCAGGUGCUCAGAUAUGUAACUGAAAACUGUAGCCCUGCUACCUGAUUUGUACAUUAAUCAUACAAGAUAAUUUGGUGGGGGACCAUUGCAGUAAAUAUUUUUGGUUUCAAGACCUUUGUACCGACAGGUUUUGCCUUGCCAAAGCUUUACCCAUGUUGAUAUAUGUACUCUGACUUGCACAUCUUUUAUUUCAGGUAUUUAAAAAAAUGUGUGGAUGCGCCACUAUGAUUUAUAAUCCGAUAUUGUGCUGUUCAGAUUAUUGAUAUCAUCUUUAAUGAGAAAAACAGUGUGAACUUUUGAUAAUUCAGUGUUACAACACUAAAAAUGUAUUUCUAAAUAUUAACUUUUUUUAAACAAGUAGCAUAUACUCUUAAGCAAAUAAAAAGUCUAACGAAGUAUAACGUUUUCUUGUGCUCAUAUAGGGCAGAGAUGAGCUAGUUGUCACCUUUUACUCUAAUGAAUAUUUCUCAGUCUUGGUUUAUUUUUAAAAGUCAAUUUCUGCAAAGAGACAAAUGCCAAUGUCUUGACUGCAAAAUAUGUGGUCAUUUCCACCGUUAUUGCUCUGGUAAAAAAAAAAAA